AUGUCGAAAAAAGCUUUUAGGGAAGAUGAAUCAAAUGAAAUCCGUAAUAUUUACAUAGAUCCGAUGCAAGGAUUCACAGCAGAAAUUGUCACAUCUCCAGAGCAGGCAGAUGAAGCGAAAGAAAAGAUUUUGGACGCCUUGACUGGAACUGAUUGGGAAAAUAAAUGUACAGCUCUUCAAAGAGGAGUACAGCUACUGAAAGGAGGAGCAUUACAAUUCAAUGAAUUCGAUAUUGUAUCAUUAGUAACAGCUACUGCAAAAACAAUUAGCGAAGCAAAAUCAAAACUCGUUAAAUUAGCAACAUUGUUCUUAGUUUCAGCAGCAGAAUUACUCGAAACAAAGUUUUCUCCAUGUAUUGAUAUUACAAUUUCUUGCUUAAUUAAGCAAUCAAAUCACGCAUCAUCUUUCAUUGGAGAUUCUUGUAAAUUCGCAAUAUUGGCUAUUACAGAAUGUGUCCCCUUAAGAAGAACAGCAAAAGCUUUACUUGCAGAAACAGUUUCAAAAAUCAAAGAGCGAAGAUUAAUUGUAGCGCAGGCAGUAACUCUUUUAAUACAUAAAUGGCCUCAAACUCUUACCAAUCAAUUCAUUUCGGAGCUUAAAAGCAACAUUACAAAAUUAACAAAAGAUCCUUCAGCAGAAGUGAGGGAUUCUGCCCGUGAAGCGCUUUCAGAAAUCAAUGGGACACCUCUUUCCUCUCUUCAGAGUCCAUCUGAUCAACCCAGAUCCAGAUCUCCAUCAAGAAUUCCCAGAACACCUGAACGCAGCAUUUUCAGUUCCUCCCGCAACAGAAACAGUCCUCGGCCAGUUCAACCCCUUACGCCUACUCGGAUUUCUAGGCGCAACAUCACCGUUACUCAACAGAACGGCACUUCUCUCUUAGAUGGCGCAAAUCUCAGUGAAUACAUGCCUCCUGACACGAAGGAGUUUGCGGAGAAGUUUGCGAAGAUUCUCACGAACAUUGUUGUUAUAGGGAACAUGCAGAUUCUCGAAGGCAUCGAGUUCGCCCUUCCUUCUUCGAUUGUCACAGCCUGCAAUUUCGGAAUCUCCGCUCAAUGGGAUGCUGUAAUACCUCCUUUGCUUGCUCUGUUUAAGAACGAAUUCCGCGGAAGUAUUGGUGAAGUCUUAAUCGCUACCAGGGCUCCACCAAGAACUCUGAAAGCGUUUGUUGAUAUUUACGGUAUCGAAUCAGUUGUCAACGAUGUGAUAAUUGCUGGAGAAGACAAUCCGCAAAGUGUGAUAAUGGUACUCUCCAGCUUGAUUGCAGCCAGUCUACUCAAAAAAAUUCCUGAACACGCGGUCAAUCAAGUCAAGAAGAUCAUAAACGAUGGUGUGAAAUGCGAUGGUUUAGAGUUGGUUGAGAAUGCCAUUUAUUCAUCGGAUUUCUCCUUCUUUGGGUUCCAAUCACUUACAAAAUUCAUCUCUGCCAGGAACUACAACGAGUUCGACUUAUCCGCAAUAGAAGAACCACCUAAAGUUAUUGCUGGUGCAGUGGUCGCAGCAGAGAAUGAAAUCAUCCAGUUGCUGAGGGAUAACACGAAACUGGACAACGUGACAUCGUUCUUGGUGGACAUUGGCCAGGUAGCUGGCGAUAUGAGGAUGCCAAACCUCAUUUUGGAGCUCGGAAAGAUCUGCUCGAGGGAAUUCGUUAGUGUCAUUGGAGCAAGGUGCUUUUCGGCCCUUUGCAACCUUGUCAAAGAUAUUUCCGAUGUUGUUUCUCUCUCAGAAAACGAAGAAGGAAUUGAAAUUGCACUGAUGGUGAUGGAAAAUAACAAUAUUACUGUUGAUGCAAACUGUGGGAAACUUCUAGAUAAUGCAAUAAAGAACCUCUCAUCAUCAAAUAUCAAUGUGAGAAGAUCUUGCAUAAAAUUUAUUUCAAAAUUCGUCGAAAUAAGAGAUAAUGCUUUGCAGAAGAAAAUUACUAACCUUCCACAUCUCACGCAAAAACUGAUUACUGACAAAAGAAACUUUGAAUGA